GCUAGUUUUUGGUGAGCUGUCGAGUUGGACGGAAGCUAAUCGAUAUUACGGACACGUCCUAAUCUGUGUAGCUUUGGAAUUAGCUGUUUUUUGGCGCGCAAAAAAGUGAUUUCUACUGUGAGAAAGUGCAAUUACUUACAAUCGAUAAGCAUAUUUUUUUUUAUCAAAAGUGACUGUCGAAAACUGUUUGAAUCGAUACCGUUUGACACAUCUGAUCAUAGGAAAAACACAACCGGAAAACACGCAAGCAGCACGUUUUCUGUUCGGAGUGGCUCUGAGAGCGUUCUAAAAUUAGAACCGUUUCGAAAUAUUGUGAUAGCUUUCUUCGAAUUUUCCCCGUAGAGUGGUGAAAGCAAAAACGAAGUGUUAAUCUCUUGAACGCUGAAAAAGGUGGAAAUCUAGUCAUCGCCGUCGUCAUCAGUCAGUCACGAUGAGUGAUGCAGUUGAGCAUAAUGGAACGGUGGAGGUAUUUGGCAACGGUAACUGUGCCAAAGGAGACCACAGCAGCAAUGGCAAGGAGGAAGACGAUUUUGUUCAUCCGGAUACGAGAUACAACGAUGGCUCCGUCAAGCUUCGGAAUCCUAAUAUCGAACUAAUGGAUCAGGACAUUUUGUACCACUUGGCCUUGGGCAGCGGUAGCCAUGAUCUGCGGGAAAUGUUUGGCGAUGUCAAAUUCGUUUGCAUGGGCGGAACCCCCAAGCGGAUGGAGAACUUCGCACACUUCAUUAUGGACGAAAUCGGUUACAAACUGCCCGCUGGAACGCAACUGCAGGACAUCAGUGCGUUCUCCUACAGGUAUUCUAUGUACAAGGUCGGUCCCGUGUUGUCAAUUAGCCACGGAAUGGGUGUGCCUUCGUUGGGAAUCUUGCUGCAUGAAAUGAUUAAACUGAUGUACCAUGCUAAGUGUAAGAAUCCGAUUUUUAUUCGAAUCGGAACGUGCGGUGGUGUUGGAAUCGAAGGUGGUACCGUUGUCAUCACCGAGGAUGCUGUAGAUGGACUGCUUCGAAGCACUCAUGAAAUUGCAAUAUUGGGACAAAUCGUUCACCGUCCAGCAGUACUAGAUAAGCGAUUAGUAAGAGAGCUUAAAUCCUUGGCGUCGGCCGACGAUCCAUAUGAUACCAUUAUUGGCAAGACGAUGUGUACUUCAGACUUUUACGAAGGUCAGGGUCGCCUAGACGGUGCCUUCUGUGACUUUUCCGAGCAGGACAAAAUGGAUUAUUUGGAGAAGCUGCGGGACUUUGGCGUGGUAAACAUCGAGAUGGAGUGCACGAUUUUCGCUGCGCUGACACACCACGCCGGUAUCAAGGCCGCUAUUGUAUGUGUCGCUCUGCUGGAUCGUCUAAAGGGUGACCAGGUAAUGUCACCGAAGGAAGUGAUGAACGAGUGGCAGCAGCGGCCGCAGAUACUCGUUUCGCGACUUAUCAAGAAGCAUCUAGCCCAAGCGGGACACCUGAAAAGUCUGGCAUCAACGCCAAGCUCCAUAAAGUCUCCGCGGCGGUUCAAACUUGUCCAGCAGGAGUCGGAAGCACACGAGUAAUCUUCCUUUCGGAAUGAAAAUUGCUUUGUGGCAAUUCAAAUGUUACGAUGAGCAAGACGGAACUACGUUGAUAUAUGGACAUCGAUGAAAGAGUUAAGGGUAGGAAACAGUCUGCUCAGUGGCAGGCAGCCCAAUUGCACUAGAGAAAGCACAUUCCAUUAUAGUAAAUAUCCGUACGUUUUAUUAAUAGUAAACACAAACCUCAUAAUAAAAAAAUACUUAAAGAAAGCAAACGGUGAUGGGACACGACGGUGAUACUUUAAAACCGAGUCUAAUUCGAUUGACAAAAUCUAAACGAUGAAUUCACUUGAUUGAGAACGACGAAAUCUUAAAAAGUCCAGCGAAGGCUUAUUUUCCUAUGCUUGGUAACUGAGCAGAGAAUAACUUUCACUCGGUUUGUUCACAUUUCACUGUUCGAACUUGUUGAAAAUUUGCUCUGCAAUUCGCUUUGGUUAUAAAAUCUAAACAAAAUUUUAAUUUUUCAAUCGAUGGAAUAGAGUAUUUUUACGUGUGUAAUACAAUGCCCUUGUUGAAAAAUACAAAAAACGGCGCUUUUUUAUUAAAAUCAAUUUGAUCCAUUUUCACAUGUUUUGGUAUGAUUCCAAAACGGCUAAUCUUUUUAAUUUAAAUUUCAUUAGCCAAUACCAUACGUUGGCAAACCACACAACGCGACAAUAUUUAUAUUUAAAGGCUAUGCUGCCAAUUAGAGUCACUUGUUGUUAGGAGAACUUUGAAAAAGUUUCGUGUCCGGGGGUAUUAGCGGGUAAUGAUUAGCAAAAAUUUGAAUAUUACUAGCAUAAAAAAUGUAGACAACGAGUUAUUAAAAAAAGAACAUGAAAAGCCGCUUACUUUCAUGAAACGUUAUAUUUUCAAUUUUGAUUAAAUGUCGUUUAUCGGUUGCGCAAAAGCUUUUUCCGAAGAUUGUUCUAGCAUUGAAACGAACCAAGUUAGUAGAAACAUUGUGUAUGUACAGCCUUGCCUUUGUAAUUGUAGUUAUAUCACGUUGGUGAUGUUAAUAAACAUUGUUGACUGUUCGCAAAUAAUCACAUCUAUUUUUGUGACUGUUGCUUUUGUGAGCAGAAUUUUUCUUGCCGUAAUUAUAACGUUCGUUGUUAGCUUUAAAUUGCUACUAUUCUGUUCUGCUAUCGUCUAGCAAUGACAUUAUUCAAAGUAAACUAAAUGUGAAAUCACUCCCGUACUAAAUUACUCUCUAGUACAACAAAUCGUCUUUUCAAAUGUGUCAGUUAUAAGCAAAUUAUCUCUCAAUCACUCGGUAAGCAUUAAAUCCUAUAAUCACCUAAAUAUUCACCACCACUUACUCAUUACUUGAGGCAAAGUUCAACUGAGAUGCUUUUUGGUUUUGAUUGUGAAGAAAUAAAAAAAACUUUCUAAAAAUCUAAUCGACGGCAAACGCCAUCGACCAUAUCGAGAUCCAUCAUUCGAGUUAGUAUAACAGAAAUAGUUAUGUGUAUAAUGUACAAAAAUCAAAUACUUAUUAAAUGACAGUUCACUAUUAUUAUAAUUAAUAUUAAUAUUAUUAUUAUACCUAUACAUUGAAAUAUAU